UAAAUAUUCAAUAUAUCAUCACAAGCAAGAAAGAUAUAUCAACAUGGGAAGCAAUCUUCAAGCUGCUAAUCGUCUCAGUAAGGGAAAUUUUCCAAGCUAUCAUGAACAACUGGGAAGUAAUGGUGCCAUUGAUGUGACCAAAAUAGAGCAUGAAGCCGUAAAUGGCCAUACCGGUGAAGUAUUCGAUAUCAUGAAAUGGAACGCAUCUUACACUAUCGACAAUUCAAAAUGUAUACUCGAUCUACGAACAGUUUCAAACAAAGAUGGUAAAAUGAAUAGUGUAUCCUUCCAAGUCGGUGACGAAAUGUAUUCAGAUGGAAACAUUUGGUUUGCAGUAGAGAGAGACAAAACUUUACUUAACUCGGCCACACCUCCGAUCAAGUUAAACGGAGCCUUCAAAAAUUGUAAGCAAAAGAAUAACAAGACUACUAACACUGCAGGUUUUGUUAAUGAAACAUGUGUUUAUCUUUAUGGAAGUGGAAGCAAGAAUGGUUUUCUUGUGUUGGAAGAAAUGAGAAAGAGCGGAAAUAAUGAAAAGCCUCGUAAGGUAACUGUGGCACACUAUUAUGCGGUUAGUAAUACUAGUAGGAAUGUUUUUAGUCAAAAUAAAAUCGAUAUCGGUCUUUCUGUGAUUGUAAGGAUUCAGCUAUCUAGUGAAGCUGGUUUGGAUAUUAGAGUGCAUGGACCUGUUCAACACCCUGCUAGAGCAUUGAAUUCCAUGUUUUAUGAUGUGAUGAAAACCGGGAUAUGGAAGCUCACAAAAUGCUCUCAUUGUGCUAAUAUGGUAAGCAACCAUGGCGAUUCAGAGAGUGAAGAUUACGAUGAUGACGCUCUGUCAUUACAUGUUUAUGGUGGUAAAAAAUAUUCCACAAGCAUUAUAGACAAUGGUGGUGUGGUUAAUGGAAACAAUAAUGGUAAUAUGCAUGUGGAGAAUUUUUAUUAUAUCAGGAAAAAGUAUUAGGUUUGUGACCAAAUAAGAUGUUGUAUUUAGGGUUUGUAUUUGUAACAUAUCAUUCCUGCACUCCUUUGAUUAUUAUAUGUUUAUGAAAAGAUUUUAUAAAAAGAUUUUAUAAGCAGUAUUUAUAGGAUAUGAUUCCCUUAUAUAUUUAAAUAAUUCAACCUUGCUUAUGAAUAACGCUUCUAUAUAUCUAUAUAUUUGCUAUAUAUAUGGCCUCAGGAACAUCAUACAAUAGCAAAAAAAAAAAAAUGAAGGCACUUGUUAGCUAAAGUUUCCAGUUCUUUUAUUAUCAUCCUUACUGACCUUGCUAUAUAGUAAUUAAGAUAUUCGAAUGGGAAAUAGCGCUCUCGGUGGAAGUUUAUGCAAUGGCAUGAAUUUUCCAUGCCAAUUAAAGUUAGGAAGGCAUGUGGCUAUUAAAGUAAUAAAGAAAAAAGAGAGUAAGUUAGAAGAUGAAGAUGAAGAAGAAGAUGAAGAUGAAGAUGAAGAUGAAGAAGAAGAUGUAGAUGACGAUGACGAUGAAGAUGAAGAUGGAGAUGACGAUGAAGAUGAAGAUGAGGAUGAAGACGUAGAUGAUGAGAAAAAGAUAGAAGAUGAAGAUAAAAAUGAGAUACCAAAUAACUUAACUAAGGUAACAUACACAGUAAGUGAUUGGUCAAAAUGUGAACUGGAGUAUAGGGAGAGUAAUAAUUGCAACAUUGCAUCAUUCAAUCUACGUGAUUAUAAUAAAAACUUAGAGAUCCAUAAUCACUUUACAAUUAGAAAAGUUGAACCUAAUUACCUUGAAACAUCUGACUUCGAGCCCAAGUUCAACUAUUCAAGGGGAGACUUUGAAGUUACGAGACUCAAAUCAACUUUUGACUGGAGCAAGUCCGGUAAUGAAUGGCGUGGUUUUACUGAAUCGAGUUUUCUCUUUUAUCACACUGAAGGAACAAAUAGAGGUCUCGUUGUCGUGGAGCGAAAGAAAAAGAGUAAAGAUGAAAAGCCCUUUAUGGUGACUGUGGCACACUACUAUUUUAUUCAUGAUUUUUAUGUAAAUCUGUUUAAGAUUGAUAUUGGCCUUUCGGUUAUAGUAAAGGUUGAAUCAAUAAAAAAUGAGGGUUUGUAUUCUACGUUGGAAGGUCCGACACAACAUCCCGCUUCAGCAUUAAUUUAUAUGAUGGAAGAAGUAAGAAGAACUGGAAUUUGGAAGCCUUCAACUUGUCCUCAUUGUGCCACUCUUGAAGAGCAGCAAUCUUCAAGAGCAAAAGGGUCAUUUAGUCGAAAGGCUAUUAAUAACGACGGAACUUUUAACGGUAAUGGUAGCGGCAAUAUGAUCCAGGGAGACUUUAACCAAUUUACUAUAUAUAGAAAGUAAUAAAAUGAAAUAAUUAACUGUUAAGGUUAUCUCUAACAAAUGCCCACU